UUUCUGGAGAGCGAAUUUUUCCUUCGAAGCUUCUCCGGUUCGCAAGUGAUAAUGAUUUUAUUGAUAGGCCAAAUUUAUUUGAACUACCACACUUGGAGUUCCUUUGAAGGAUAUUAGAAUAUGAAAACCCAAUAUGAGUUCAACUUCAGCAGUGGUAUGCCGUGAAAUAUUCGAUGAAAAUAGCCAACCAUCUGCCGAAGAAAUAUCUGAUUAUGCCCAACAAUUGGGUAUUGAUCCGGAGAGCGAGAGUCAUCUGCUACCGCUUGCUAAAGAUGGGCUCAUGCAAGCACUGCCACCACCAUGGAAAGCAUAUUACGAUGAGAAACUCGGCACACAUUAUUACUACAAUGAGGAAACUAAGAAGACUCAGUGGGAGCACCCGUUAGACAAUGUGUACAGAGAGCUCGUGAAGAAGGCGCGGGACGCGUCUGUGCAAGAUGACACCUGUGCCUCGGUUCAGGAACUGCUCACAUUUGAGGAAAACACCAAACAGCUCGAGCGUGUGGAGACCAAAGUGGAGAGUGAUGAUGAUGACCUUUCAACAGACAGUGAGAAUCAAACAGAUGUCAAGGAUAAUGCAUCUUCAAACGUUGGGAAAGUGCCUGGACUAAAACGACUUACACCACUGGGGCGGCCACCGCUCGCGCCUUUAGCAAGACUAGAUAAGAAACUAAGUGAUUUGCGAAUAUCACCUUUAAGAAGAAGCGCCGACAGCCCAUUAUCCAAUAAACCACUUUUAAGAAACACGUCCGAUAGGGAUUUGUUGAGUCGUCAGAAUUACGAAAGACCCAAAAUGUUGUUCAAACAACAGUCCGAGAUUAUAGAUCUGAAAAUGCAUGUGCUGAAUAGCCCUGAGGAGGAGAAUUUUAGUCCAUUUUUGGCAGCGGCUAAGGUUGAAAAGGGACUGCCUUUGACGGGCAAAGGCAGUAUGUUUCUAAGGGCUUGCAAAUCAGACCUCCCUAGUCCUGACACAGACAAAUCUUUACCUUUAGACUCUUUGACCAAGAGCGACCCCCCAAAAGGGAUAUUGAGAGAGAAACCGAGUGAUACCGUAUUGAAGAGAGUUGAGAAUGUGAAGCAGAGAGCUGUGUCCAGUUUUGAUGAGGACAGAAAGAGUGUUAGAUUCAAACUGGAGAACAAUCCGGAGACGACAAUAAGUCCCGGCUCCAACUCCUCGUCGGAACAAAAUGACGGGCAGAGUUCCAUCAUCAGUGCUGCCCCCAUCUCGUCCCCUGCCGUCCUCUCGCCCCCAAUAAUUUCACCCCCUGUGCCUUGUCCCUCUAUAGUAUUAUCUCCUCUGGUAACUCGACCCCCGUUACCUCCGAGACCGGUGGUUGAAAGCCCGAAGGAGAAAAGCUUGUCGGUUUCGGAGAAAGAUUCUGUUGAUAGUGAAUCCCGCGACAGCAGAGGCGCUUCGCCCCGGCGCCGCGUGGUGCGCCCGCCCGCCGCCGACUACAUCAAACCGGAUCUGUUCCAGAAGAACUUCCAGAAAAUAUCCGACUUAGUCCGUCCCAGAGACAUUGAGACCUCCCCGAUCAAUCUGGAGGAGCCGGUUGAUAAAGAUAAGAGACCUAGGUCCCCAAUGAUCCCUCUAAAAAACAAAAUAUCGAUAAACCUAAUGGAGAGCAUCGAAUCUGAAACGUCAAUAGAUUCUCCAGACAGAGAGUUUGCAAAUUUAGACCUAAACGACCUUGACGAGUCAAACGAAGUAAAACCUAAAGAACUAAAUGAUGAUCCAGAUGAAAAUGAAGAAAAUGAAACGAAAGACAUUAAAAAUACUGAUACUGAGUCAUCAGAUGAAUCAAAAACAUCUGUAUCUAAUCACAAAGCCAAAACAGAUUUAAUCAUACCUCAAAUUAAAGUUCCUAAAUUAGAAUUUUCAAAAAAACCACAAAUAGAUGCCAAAAGUCAACAAAAAGAAGAGUCUAAAAGCUUUGAAAGUCCAAAAGAUAAAGCAAAUAUUCAUAGAAUAUCACCAACACCUUCGUACACAUCCGAUUUACGUUCCCCAAGAGAUUUUGGGAAGCCUUGGAGUCCUAUGUCUACCUUCAAACCUCUGAAUAAAGCUGUUAUAGCACCACAAAUUAAAUCUUCCGAAUCGGCUACGAGUUUAGGUAAAACUUUAACAAGUCCUAGAUUGGACGGAGUUAUUAUAUCUCAAGGGAAAUCCAGUUCUGAUAAUGUGGUUGUUGUAUAUCAAUUUGAAACUCAAGAUGAGAAGCCGAUUAAUUCUCCUUUGAUUCCUGAUAUGGGGAAUAGAGAUAUGUUUGAGAGGAAUAAGGCCGAUGAAAGGAGAAGAUUAGAGUUGUCUUUGCAGAAAGAGUUGGAGGGGAUAAGGGUGGAGUGGGCGACUAAGGAGAGGAGAAUGAGAAUGGAGUUGCAAGAAGAGUUGAAGGUAGCUGAGGAGAAGUUUUUGACGGAAAAGAGAUUUAGGUUGACGGAGCAGGCUGAGAGACAUCGCAAGGAAUUGGAAGAGGCCUUAUUAUCAGUCGAACAAAACCACCAAAAGACCCUUCAGAUGUCUUUGCAAGAGAUAGAAGAUCGUUACAAACGAGAGGCGGACGCAUCCGAAAGGCAGCACGCUGAGGACAUGGCCAAAUUGAGAGAGGAGUAUAGCAGGAGAUUGACCGAGUUGAGACAGCAUCUGGAGAUUGAGAACGAACGCGCCCUGUCGGACGUUCGCGAACAAUUACACGCGUCGUGGAAUCGCGAACGUGCGCGGAUGGCGGACGAACAUCGGGCGAACGCGGAUUCGCUGCGAGACGAACACAGCGCCAGGUUGAAUGACCUCAAACACGAUUAUAGAGCUGAGGUGGAGCGUUUAAGAACACAACACGCAUGUCAUUUGGAAGAGUUACGAGCUCGUCUGGCCAACGAGAGGGCCGCGUCGGGAAGAAACCAGGAAGACAGGGAAUUGGCUGAGAAAUACCGCUGUUUGAAACAAAAAUAUGCCCGGUUGAAACACGACGUAAAGAUGUCCAUAGAGCGACGCAAUAAAAGGCGGGAAAUGAGCAUGACCACCGGUUCAGAAACGGAAAAAUCUAACUCGCACAAAGCCACGCAGUCAUUGGAAAGAUGUAAAGAAGCAAACGAGAUAUCAGUGAGCGCUGUGGUAGAACCAGAGCCCAGGGUCCGAGGUCCGGGUCCGGUGAACAAUAAUCCGGGCGUGAAGUGUGACAACGAGACCUCGUUGUCAGAGAGCGCGCAUAAAUACGACAAUAAUAACGACGAUUGGAAGGCAGGGAGGGCUAAUACUGUGACAUCAGCAGACACUUCACAGGCGUCAGCUGUGAAGCAAAGGAAAACUACCGUCGCUUUCAGAGAACCAGAGAGAAGGAGACGAGCGCGGGACACUCAUAGAGAAACUGGUGCUACAACAGACUGCCAAGAUUCUUCGGAUGCAACCACAGCGGAUGAGAAACCUAAAGAAAGUGUCAAUGGUCACGGUCGAAGAAGGUGCUUCACAAGAUUAAAAUCUGCGUCAACGUCGCGACUCAACUACUCUCCCAAACGAGGCGAAGGCUGGUCUAGCCCUUUGGAAGCGCUCAGGCAGCAGUUGCGAAAAUUGGACGAUCUGGAAGACCAAUUUCCUGAUCUGGCGUGCCAACCUUCCUAUAGUCUCAGAUAUCCAUUUGGAGAAAUAGGGGCAGUGUCGACAGCGGACACGGCCGAGGUGGAGUUCGUGCGGCACCGCGCGCUGGUGGAGCGCGAGGGCGUGCGGCGCGCGCGCGCGGCCCUGCGCCGGCGCCGCGCCGCCGCCGCGCAGGCGCGCGACCGCCUGCCCGCGCGCGGGGGGCAGACGCCAUGCACCCAAGAAGCGACAAGUUCGGCUUCGUCGGAAAGCGAAGCGGCCGCCGAAGCGGAAGCGGGGGGCGCCGUGUUGCGGUCGCUGCGAGCCCUACACGCUGACGUCAGGGACAUCUGGCGGGCCCUGGACGCAAGGAGACCUCACACAGCAUCCCCUGAGACCAGCUCCUACAAUCCAGCAACUACAUCGCAAACUAGAAUGACAUUGUCAGCGCCGGAAGCAACGGUUCACGACAACUCCGACGGCGGUGUCGCAGAAAGGGCCAGAGGUUUGAGGGCGUGGUUACAAGCUGCACCUUAAAUCAUUAUUAUGGCGGCCAUACAAGAUACUAGUAUGUAUGAUUUACUUUUAUUAUCCCAGUUUUAAGGAUGAAUUAAUUAUUUAUUUACUAGUGAAAAGUUAUUAAACUUUUGUUGUACAAGUUCCAUGGUUAAGAUUAACCAGAAUUUUAUAAAGUAGUAAGUUGACUUGAUUAAUUAGAAAUAUUGUUAUUCUUCAAAUUUUAACUAAGAGAACAUUGUAAUUUUUGUGUCCAACGAUUUAGUUUAAACUUUUGUUGUAUUUUGCAUCUAAAUAAAUAAUAAAAUGUAAAUGAAGUAAUAUCAUCAUAUGUACUAGUAUUGUAAUGCUGAAAUUAUAAAUUUUGUCGAAAAUUAUGAUACGGACUCGUGUAAAGUGGCUAUAUAUUUUGUGAAAAUCUUUCAAUUCUUGAAAUAAAAAUUCUUGAAUUGGGUGAUGCGUUUCAGGCAGCCAUUUUAUGUUUCCGGACAAGUACUGACCGCGAACAUUCAAAAGUAAAAUAAAUCGUUAUCUGUUAGAUAGGCAUGUAACAUCUUCGUCUUCAUUUAUUGUUUGUUUGUUUGUUUGUAAACUCUUUAUUGCACAUAAAAAUAAAUAAAACAAAUUGCAAAACAGUUAUUGGAUUUAGAAGAAUAUGUACAAUGGCGGACUUAUCCCCAAUGGGAUUUCUUCCAGUCAACCAAAAUAUAAAGGAAAAUCCAUAAUUAAAAGGCAACGCACAUAAAAAGCAUUGAGAUGCAGUAAAAUAAACAAUAAAUUUCUACAUAUCUAAUUAAAGAUAAACAUACAUAAAU